AUGGAGGGACCGCCGAAUCGAGGAUUUCGGGGUGGUGGCCGUGGCGGCCCACCUGGUGGCCCCAAUUCCAGAGGAAGAGGAGGAUUUGACAUGCGCGGCCGAGGUGGUCCCGGCAUGAGAGGUAGGGGAGGUCCACCACGCGGAGGUAUGCCAUUUCGAGGACCGCGAGGAUUUCGAGGUGGGCCUAUGAGGGGUGGCGGCGACAGAGGUGGCCGGAGCUUCCCGCCUGGGCCACAAGGACCGGGGCCACAUCCGGUUCCAACUAUUGAAUCACGUGGAGCUCCACCACAAAGGGGAGCAUUUAACAAUCGGGGUGGUCCUGGUCUUAUGAGGGGCAGAGGAGGUAGGGGCCGUGGAGAUUUCAGUGGUCGUGGAGGUGAUAGGGGUGGUGGAAGAGGGGGAAUGCCCAUGAGAGGUCGUGGGGGACGCGGCGGUCACGGAGGUCCCCCAGGUGGACCACCAGGUGGUGGCCCACCUGGCCCUCCUCACCCAGUAGGUGGACCUCCCCGCCCUGCACCACCACAUGCUGCACCUCCACCUGCACCUGUGCCGUCACAGCCAUCUGGGCCUUUCAAAAGAGGUGGUGGUCCACCACACUCAGGUCAAGGAGGACCUCCUAAACGACCCAGAUUUGAUGGUCCUCGUGGUGGUGGUGGUGGAAGACCCCCUCCACCCGGUGGCUACCAACAGGCACCGCCGUCCCAUGCACCACCGCCGGCCAAUGGUUAUGGACCAGUGCACACAGGAUACCAGCCAUACGAACCACCUGCAGCAGAUCCAUAUGCUCAGCCAUCCUACAAUACACAGAGUGCAUAUCAAAGCAGUAAUUACUCUGCGCCUGCACCCGCCCAGCCUAGUUCAGGCUAUAAUUCUGGUAGUUAUGGCUCUGGUUAUGGGUAUUCAACUAGCGCACAGGGAAGUUAUGAAAAUGAAGGUUACAGCGGCGGCGCCGGCGGUGCGGGAGACGCUGGCUACGGCGGGGGUGAGCCUGCGUACGGUGGGCAACCGCCCGCGUAUGACUCAUACGCGCAACCCUCCUACAAUACCUAUCAACAGCCCCAGCCACAGUACAAUAACAAUUAUGGCAGCUGGUGA